UCUGCGACUUCAUCUCCGCGACCAACGAAGUUUCUUACUCUCUCGCUCUCGUCAAUCUGUCGCCGCCACGUUCAGAUAUCCGGCUGUUCCUCACUCCGGCCCUCCGGCUCCGAGAGCUUAAUUCCGGUUGUGAUGGUAAAAAAGCAUGGUGUGAAAAUUGAAAAAGGCGAUAAUAGAGAAGGAAAUUGAGGAAUGCAAACAAAUGGAUGAAGCCAACGAAAUAUUGCAGCGCAAUAGGACGGAGGAUGUCACUUGGCUUUGCUCGCUCUCUGAAUCUGAACUUGACUUUCUCAUCAGCUUAAAGAAGCUAAUAUCACAACGUGCCAAAAUAAUUGGGCAUGAAGAACUUGUGGAGAAGUUUGAUCUCAAGAUGCUUCGUGCUCUCGGAUUUGUUCUGAUGGAACAUGUAAGAGGAAGACUAAAGGAUAAUAAUAUUUCGCUUGCCCCAAUUGUUGCUGAUCAUCUUAAGCUCAUAGAGAGCUGCAGUUUGUUAAAGACAUCAGUCGAGGAUACAAUGGACAUUGAAGAGAUUAGGGUUUUGCUCGGAAUCGAUUCGAGAAGGAAAUCACGGAAAAGACCGCGGCGGUAGCAGUGGCUGUUCUGAUUGAGGAACAUUUUCGUGAAGAGAUGUUGUCUUUUAAGGCAGAAGACUCAAAGCAUGACAGAAUCUAUGUUUCGGAUGUGUUGUGAUCAUUGUCUGAAAUUUUCAGAACUGUUACACGAAUGGAUGAAAUUCGUGCCUCUCUGUAUAUUCUCUAGUCAUAAUGUCUCAGAGGAAAUUUGGUCAUAAGUAAAAGGCUUAAUUUUUAUCACUA